CGCGAGGUCUAGCGGAAGUGCGUCAUUCGAUAUCCGGUGGAGGCGAGCCAGUCUCUCGUCUUUUCCGCCUAGGCUGUGUUUUGUUUCCGUCGGCCGCGCUGCGUGUUGGCGGCACGGUCUGUUUUCCUGAGGAGAGCCGGGAGAAGAGGAGGAAGGCGGCUGGGGCUUGCACUUGUGACUUUGCAGCCAUGACGAAGAGGGAGGCUGAGGAGUUGAUAGAGAUAGAAAUAGAUGGUUCAGAGAAGACAGAGUGCACAGAGGAAAGCAUUAUAGAGCAGACCUAUACUACAGCCGAGUUUGUGAGCCAGGCAAUCGAUAUAAAUGAGCCAGUUGGAAAUCUGAAGAAGCUACUAGAGCCCAGACUUCAGUGUUGUCUUGAGGCACAUGAAAUCUUCUUACAAGACAUCCAGCUCGAUCCUGACAGAAGUUUAUUUGAUCAAGGAGUUAAAACAGAUGGAUCCGUACAGCUUAGUGUGCAGGUUAUAUCCCAGCAAGGGAUGGAGCCAAGGCUGAACAUACUUGAGAUUGUAAAGCCGGUGGAAACUGUGGAGGUGGUGAUUGACCCUGAUGCCCAUCAUGGUACAGUUGAAGCCCAGCUUGUAGAGGAGUCCCAGGUGAUCACUCUGGAUGAUACAAAGCAUGUCACCAUUUCUGAUGAGACCUCUGAACAGGUGACACGAUGGGCAGCAGCAUUGGAGGGCUACAGGAAGGAGCAAGAACGCUUAGGCAUACCGUAUGAUCCCGUUCAGUGGUCUACAGACCAGGUCCUGCAUUGGGUAUUAUGGGUAAUGAAGGAAUUUGGUAUUUCUGAUAUCAAUGUGAACGCCCUUAGUAUUCCUGGGGGGGAGUUGUGUGACAUCAGCCAGGAAGAUUUCUUCCAGAGAGUCCCUAGAGGAGAGAUUCUGUGGAGUCAUCUAGAGCUGCUCAGGAAAUAUGUGUUGGCUAGCCAGGAACAUGGAGAAAUUGCUACAGUUACUAUUGAUCAGCCUGUACAGAUAAUCCCAGGAUCCCUGGCAAAUGCAACUCCCACAACAACUAUUAAAGUCAUAAACACUCAAACCAAAGUGGCCAAAGUGCAGCGAGCACCGCGCAUAUCUGGAGAAGACAGAAGUUCUCCUGGAAACAGGACAGGUAACAAUGGUCAGAUCCAGCUAUGGCAGUUCCUUCUGGAGCUUCUCACUGACAAAGAUGCCAGAGACUGUAUAUCAUGGGUGGGAGACGAAGGAGAGUUCAAAUUAAACCAGCCAGAGCUUGUUGCUCAGAAAUGGGGACAGCGCAAAAAUAAGCCCACCAUGAACUACGAGAAGCUCAGCCGGGCACUUCGAUAUUACUAUGAUGGUGACAUGAUCUGCAAAGUUCAAGGGAAGAGAUUUGUCUACAAAUUUGUGUGCGAUCUGAAGACUCUGAUUGGUUACAGUGCAGCAGAGUUGAGCCGCUUAGUAUCGGAGUGCGAGCAGAAGAAAAUGGCCAAGCUGCAGUUACAUGGCAUCGGACAGCCGGUCACAGCCGUAGCCCUGGCCACUGCAUCCCUGCAUUCAGAUAAAGACAACUGAGCACUUGGUGGGCCAGACUGGUCCCACAACUAUCCUUCCAGCGAGUGAGACCCUUGCCUCUCUCAAAGCCCGAAGCCCUUUUAUUUUCGGACUGUACAGUGUUUGGCAUGAUUUUCUACAGAGGACUUUAAUAAAUUUGGAACUUGUUACUUUUCGUACUACAAGUUUCUCCGCAAGAGCCCUUAAUUGAAGGGAGCAUGACAAAUUUUAUAUAUUUUGCAUAUGAACUUAUCACUUUUUAGUCAGGUUGUCGCUCCCCCCAUCACCUUAA